AUGUCUUUAACACAGAGUCGUGUUAGCUCUCUCGUCUCGACUGAUUCGGUGCCCAUCACCUUGUCUGCCCGCCGCCAGUCGGAAGAUGACGGUCAGCCUAAGCCAUUUGCGCCCUUGACCACUCGGUCUACCGCGUCUUCAGAUGGAAUCAGCAUGCCAAAGAACCUCAUCAGGCCCUCUACGCCACAAUCUACGAAAGACGAUAUCCAGAAGCCAUGCCCCACUAACAGUAUCCAGAGCUUCGGGGCCGCCAUAGGUCUCGAACGAGAUGCUGACGGCAAGCUCCUGGUAUUCAUGGCGAGUGACAACUCAGAGGCCAUUGUUGGCUAUUCACCUGAUAACCUGUUCGCUUUGCAAAACUUCGUUGACCUUCUGGACCCGGAGGAGACGGAUACCUUGCUUGAACACAUCGCCUCGGCACACGAUCGAGCCAGUUAUUCCAACACGCUCAAUGUCUUCGACCUGUCUAUUCGGGACCACCACGGCUUGGUUAGGGCUCUCUCGUGUGUGAUACACGCAGAAAUCAGUAGGCCAGCUCUGAUUCUUUGCGAGUUUGUUCCCCAACCUGCCGCUUCCUUCGCUCGUCAGAGCCAGAGAAUGCACUCUCGAAAGACAAGGACAGAAACACGGCCUCCUCUUUCUAGGAAAGGCAGCGCGUCCGACACUCUCAACACAAUGUCUAGAGCACAUCGUACCAUCUCCGUCGCUUCGACAAUCGAGACCCUGCUCGAAGGUCUCGUGACUUCCAUCAAGGUCGCAACAGGACACUCAAAUAUCUCGGUUCAUCGUUUCGACAGCCACUGCCAUGGCCGCCUUGUUGCACAAAGUGACAGUGAUGAAAACUUUGCUUGUUUCCCACACUCUUCUGGUCCGGAAUCUUGCAAUCUAUCACCUGAGUGCCGCACAAACUUUGAUACACUCGAGAUUCAGGAACAUUCUGACCAGGCUCAAGAGACUGCACGUCUGAUGUUCCGCCCUGGAAGCACGCAUGAACGGUCCUUCGAGAGUCGUUUGCUCUAUCUUCGAACUAUGCCCGAUUUCCCUGUGCAUGAACUCGAGGAUGGAUCUGCCAAAUCUCGUGUGAUCAUCCCCUUGCGAGUAUCUGGCAAGCUCUGGGGUGUGGUUGUCAGCAAAUCUGCUCAGAGCGAUGCUGCAAUAACCUUUCUCGGUCGUGGUCUGUGUCGAGUCAUUGCCAAUGCAGCCUCGACGAAACUGGAGAAUCUGGACGCCUCUCAAGUCCUCGACGCUCAAGGACCUCUCUCGCGCGAUCCACAUUCCGACAACGAAUCUACAAUCGUUCUUGCAAGUCCACAAACCAUGGUCAAGACCCUCAGAGCAGAUUUUGCCAUAUCGUUCAUCGACGGCAUCAAGAGUUUCGUUGGUCCUGCGAAAGAGCCCCAAGAAGGAUUGGCGCUGGUCGACUACCUUCGACUGCGCAGCCCCGCCGAUGUUCUCACCUCCGAGGACUUUGCCGCCGAUUUUCCAACGUUACACUAUCGUCCAGGAUUUCAAUCGGUCAAGAGCUUGUUGUUUGUUCCGCUCUCUCAGGACAGUGAGAAUUUUGUCGUGUACUUCCGAGAAGCACACUCUAGCGGUUCUUCCGACCGGGGCAUCGACGCGUGGAGCGAGGCUGACCUUCAAAACGCAGCCAUGAUGCGCACAGUAUACUUCAAGUUCAGCGCCAUCUGGCGGGAGAGAGAUAGCGCGGUGAAAGAAGGGCACAUGUAUCAGCUUUUGUUGUCCAACUCUAGCCAUGAGUUUCGAACGCUGCUCAAUGCUAUAUCGAACUACCUGGAGAUUGCAGAAGAAGGACGACUCGAUGUCAAAACAAGUGAGCUUGUGAAGAGCGCCAAGAACACUUCUCAAUCACUGCUGUCCGCUGUCACGAAGCUGCUCAACUGCAUCGGCCAAGGGCUGGGAACCUGA